CUUUGGGUUGACCUAAAACUUUGGGUGCUGAUUUCCAAGGACUGCAGCAUCACUGAGAGUCCCAAAGCUGCUGCCCUGGAAUAGAAAUGGAAGGGCCAGAUACAACAGGACCUGAAGCUGAAAGGAGGUCAGAGGCAGGAAGAAGAGACAUUUGCCUUGUCCAAAAUGGGGGCAUCACAGAGGAUCUGACUGGAGUGGAUUCACAGCAAAUCAAAGAAGAACCAGAGGAUGCGCUGCCACAGAAAUGGGAAGCUCAAUGGCCGGUCUUUCUGAAAGCAACCCAGAAGCCUUGCUCUCCAAGGAAAAUUCCAGAAUUGUUUGACUCCUUACCAAGAGAAAUUACUCAGGAGUCCCAGCCCUCCUUCAGGAGAGCAACUGACAUGAGCCAAGAGCAUAGAGCAAAUUAUGUGACCCAAACUCGGCCAGGCCUUGGUGGAGAGGCCCAUGAGGCCUAUGAAAGCAUGGCUUCUAUGAGGAUGAAGGAAGAGACUCUAGAUGAAGAAAAUACCAUUGGCUUGGAGAUGCAGUGCUGGCACCAGGAGACUGAGGAGAUACCAGGAUCUAACUUUUCUAAGGCAAAGCAGGAUUCGUCAGGCCCAGUGAAGAUGCAGGUCAAAAAGGAGGGUCACCUGGAGGCCAUCUUGCUGGCAGAUGGUGAUCAAGAGUGGGAGAGUGAAGAGGAAUCCUUUCCAUUGGAAAGACAAAAGGAAGUUGAUAUUAAUAGAGUAUCUUUGGAAGGAGCCAAAGAGACAUAUUUCCAGGAUCAUGCAAUGGAUGAGAUGCUGGGGAAUCAUCAAGAGGCAGAAAAUUGCCAGGAAAAUGAUCCAUGGACAAUAGAAGGACAUCCCUUUCUUUGUGAGGAACACAAAAGCACAUUCCAAAAGGGAAUUUUGAAGCCUGAGGGAAAACAGAUGGGCUCGGAGUACAGAAGGACUUUCUGUCAAAGCCAGUACCUGCCUCAGAAUCAGAAAAUGCAGAAAGGAGAUAAACUAUACACAUGUAUGUUCUGUGGGAAAAUUGCCAACAGGAGAGCAGAUCUUAUUGUACAUGAGAGAACUCAUACUGGAGAGAAACCAUACAAAUGCUCAGAGUGUGGGAAGAGCUUCAACACAACCUCUUACCUCACAAAACAUAAAAGAAUACACACCGGAGAGAAGCCAUACCAGUGCUCGGAAUGUGGGCAGAGCUUCUGUCAAAAAGGCAACCUUGUUUCUCAUGUAAGAAUCCACACAGGAGAGAAGCCAUACAUAUGCACAGAGUGUGGACAAUGUUUUAGUCAAAGGAAGAUCCUCGAUAAACACCAGAGGAUCCAUACGGGGGAAAAGCCGUACAAGUGUUUGGACUGCGGGCAAAGCUUUAGUCAGACAUCUCACCUCAUGACACACAAAAGGACCCACACAGGAGAAAAGCCACACAAAUGUUCAGACUGUGGGAAGAGUUUUAACCAGAAAGGAGACCUUGUCAUACACAGGAGAAAGCACACAGGCCAAAAGCCGUAUGAAUGCUCUGAAUGCGGGAAAAGCUUCAGCACCAGCUAUCAGUUUAUCAACCACAAAAGGCUACAUACAGGAGAGAAACCGUAUACCUGCUCAGACUGUGGGCAGAGCUUUAAUUGGAAAUCAAACCUCGUAACGCAUCAGAGGAUCCAUACCGGUGAAAAACCGUAUGAAUGUUCCAUUUGUCAGAAAAGUUUUAGCGAUAAGUCCUCCCUUACGAAACACGUGAGAACCCACACGGGGGAGAAGCCAUAUAAAUGUUCUGAAUGCGGACAAAGCUUCAACUUGAAAUCAAACCUUAUGACUCAUAAGAGAACUCAUACUGGAGAGAAGCCAUACCAAUGCUCAGAGUGUGGGAAGAGCUUGAGUCAUCGAUCCUCUCUUACAAAACACAUGAGAACCCACACAGGGGAGAAACCGUAUGAGUGCUUCCAGUGCGGGAAAACCUUCAUCUCUAGCUCAGACUGCAGAAAACAUGAAAGAGUACACACUCGAGAGAAGCCGUAUAAACGUAUGAGGAAAAGCCCACUUAUCCCUCUGUUCUCAUGAACAGGAAAUUCACAUGUGUGGAGUCAGCCAAAUGUCAGAAAGGCAAUGGCAUGAAAACUUUGUAAACAUUUACCUGGAAUAGAUGUAGCAGUCGCUUGACCUGUGCUCAGUCUCCAAACAGAACAAAACUUUUGAAAAUUGGGGAUGAACUGUAUCGGCUGGCCUGGUGCAUAAUAAGUUAGAGGCGGUUUUUAAUGAAUUAUUGUGAUUUGAAAUAUUUUUCCA